GCAGCUCCGUUUAACCAGCAAACAGCUACAGGGAGGAGUCCGCUUAUGUGUGAAAUAGAGAAAAACACUCAUGUUCACGCCUUCCAAAUGUGGGUGGAAUUAGGAGACUGACAUCGAAAAGUGCCGCAGUUGCAUGUGAAUAUUACUCACAUGCAGGAGUUGGACAUCAGCAGGCUUUGCGUACAAUUUGAAGGGCGCGAUGGACUCAGAUCCCAGCAUCUGCUCUGAAGAGCCCAAGUUGAAGAGAAGCUUUGGCCAAAUGGUGUUCGUCAACAGAAGUGUGACCCUGGAAAACAUCCAGUGCUUUGGAUUUGACAUGGACUACACGAUGGCAAUGUAUAAGUCUCCUGACUACGAGAGCAUGGGCUUUGAGCUCAUAAGAGACAGAAUGGUGUCUGUUGGAUACCCUCAUGAGCUUCUACGCUACACAUACGACCCCAGCUUCCCCACGCGCGGUUUAGUGAUCGACACCAAAUUCGGGAACCUCCUGAAGGUGGAUUCAAAUGGGAAUGUUUUAGUCUGCAGUCAUGGCUUCCACAUCCUCAAAGGAGAAGACGUUCACAAAUACUACCCCAACAAGUUCAUCCAAAGAGACGACACCGACCGUUUCUACAUUCUCAACACUCUCUACAAUCUUUCAGAGACGUACUUCUACUCCUGCCUUGUGGACUUCUUCACAAGAUGCACUAGAUACACAAACCUCCUGAAAGGUUUCCAGCAUGGCGACUUGUUUAUGUCCUACAGAAGCAUGUUCCAGGAUGCUCGAGACACGGUGGACUUCAUUCACGACUCGGGAAUCUUGAAGGACAGAACUAUCAAGAAUUUGGACAGAUAUGUGAUCAAAGAACCAAAUCUCCCUGUGCUCCUGACACGGAUUAAAGUGGUGGCCAAGGUCUUCCUCGCUACCAACAGUGACUACAGCUACACUGAGGCCAUUAUGAAAUACUUGCUUGAAAAUAAGUCUGGAAGUCCGAAAAAGCCGUGGCGCUCCUUCUUUGACCUCAUCGUGGUGGACACCAAGAAGCCUCUCUUCUUUGCAGAGGGGACGGUGCUGAGACAAGUAGACACGAACACAGGAAAGCUUCGGAUCGGGACGUACACAGGCGACCUCCAACAUGGAACCGUUUACUCCGGAGGAUCUUCAGACGUCAUCUGUGAUCUGCUGGAUGUCCGAGGUAAAAACAUCCUCUACGUCGGCGACCACAUCUUUGGCGACAUCCUCAAAUCCAAGAAGCGUCAGGGAUGGAGGACUUUCCUCGUCGUACCGGAGCUCACCAAGGAGCUGCAAGUGUGGGACAAGAAGAAGAAUCUGUUUGAGGAGCUAAAACGUCUCGACAUCUUCUUAGCGGAACUUUACAAGCACCUGGACAGCGACAGUCAGGAGGUUCCUGACAUCCGGGCCAUUCAGACGAGAAUGAAGGUGCUGACCUACAGAAUGGACAUGUCUUACGGCCAGAUGGGCAGCCUCCUGCGCAGCGGCGCCAGACAGACGCUGUUUGCCAGCCAGCUGAUGCGUUACGCGGAUCUCUACUCCUCCACCUGCAUCAACCUGCUGCACUACCCCUUUAAUUACCUCUUCAUGGCGCCCCCAGUCCUGAUGCCCCAUGAAUCGGUGGCGCAGCACGCAGCUGACUUCGCCGCAUCAGAGCUCGCUCGCACCAACAAAACUGUCCAGACGAGCAGAAACUAAGUGCUGAACACAGCUGUCCGACAUGUGUCAGAGGAAGGACACGAGAAGAGGAAUAUUCAAAUGAAUCUUUGAUCUGAUGAUGAUGGUUUGCACCUGUGCUUGUAUAAAGGGUUUGUUGCAGCCAUGACGCAUGCCUCCUUUACCACAAUAAACUAACAUAUUGCUCCACCUAGCGGAUAUGAAGUGCUAUGCCAUGCAGCGAGAUUUAGGGAUUGAAAGCAAAAGCAGAUUCAGGGUUGUUGUAUGUAUGAGUGUUAAUCUGUCGUUAUAUGUAGUGGUGCAUGUGCACUUCUGAUGUUUGUGUGAUGGUUUUUAAAGAAGUGACUUCCUUUUUUGUUUGUUCAGCAAAACAUUUGCAUCAUUUCAAUAAAGCAUUCUAUUAGUUUUAAUUGAAGUACAACAACUUUGACAAAACAUUCCAGUUUAUAUGCCAUUAGUGUAUCUGCUAAUAUUACAGGACAUCCUCACAUCAUUGUUUUAUCACUGUUUUAGAGGCUUUUGAGACACACAAUGCACAUUUUCAUGUGGGCCAUUUAUUUUGUAAGUAGUUCCAAUAAAAAAAAAAAAGGGUCA